AUGUUGAAUCUGAUACUUCCUAAAGUUGGCCUCAAGUUGAAACGAGACACGUCAUUUCAAACCAAUGAUGAAUUUGUCGCUGAAUCGUCACCACCGCGUGAUGUUGUUCGCAAUCGACGAAAGACAGAAUCUGUAUCACCAUUGAUGAAAAAGAAACCGAUUUCUACAAGAAGAAAACAAAACCACUCUCGGACCUCCUCUAUAACGUUCCCCGAUGGUGCUGUACCAGAAGAGUAUGGGUUACCACCAAUAGAUAAAUCGUCGGAUGUUGAUCAUUUACAAAGGUUCGAAGUGAUACGGUAUCUAGAGGCAUUCAACAUAUUUCCAAACAAUCAUCUGGGAGAAGAGGAAUUGAGAACCAUGUUGAAGGAGACGAUUUAUUGUAAACGGUCCAAAGAGGAGUCAACAUAA